UAGGCAAAGAUGGCGGCGGGGUCCGAUUUGUUGGCUGAUGUUUUCUCCAACAGAGCGGUGGACGAAAAAGUAGUAAGUGAGCGGUAGGAGUUGCUGAAGGUGUCAGUAAUUGUUCGGGGGUCCCACGGUCAGAGCAUGGACGGGACAGCUGGGAUCACAUCGGCGGCUGAACCAAUCACGACUGCCGCGAAGAGUCACUUCGGCUCACUGACAACAAGCGGAGCAGUUACAGGAGCAUCAGGUGCAACAGCUGGGGGUGACAAACAACAAGCGACUGGUGCUCCAGCUUUGGAUGGAAACGGCGCGGUGAUGAACUGUCACAUCCCCGGAAGCGGGCAGUCAGACAGCUCACAGACAGCUGUUGUGAAUGGACCCGCUUCUGCCUCUCCUGGUUUUAUUAUUCGAACUUCUCUGAGUGCACAAAAUACUUCGACCUCAUCUGGGAGUUCGUCUCAGCCUGCUGAGAAAACUGUUCCCACAGUGGCGCUUGUAAGGCCACCUAUGCAAACUUCUGCUAACGAGACUCAAAGUACAGAAAGCCCAAAUACAGUCUUAUCAUCAGGGAGCGGUAGUGUUUCCUGCAAAACUGAACCCACUAAAAAUAUAACUCAAGCCGGUGCUCAGGUCCUGCCUUCGGGUGUUUUGUCUGCGACCAUGAGGAAUCCGACUGUUCUGCAAAACUUGAGGACGACAUUGUCGUCAACGAUCAGUGCCGCUCCGCCAGGAGGAAUACGGACCAUUGCUCCACAGGUGUUGGCUCCUCGACUCACUCAGCCUCAACAAAACGCUACAAGUAUCCAAAACAUCCAAAUCCCUGCAGGCAUGGUGUUGGUUCGCAGUGAGAGUGGGCAGCUGCUGAUGAUUCACCAGCAGACUUUGGCUCAGAUGCAGGCUCAGGCACAGUCACAAAGCGCCACGACGCCACGACCUGCAGCCCCCCCCAGCACUCCACCUGUCCAGGUCACGUCUCUUCAGACUCCAGGAGGUCCUCUGCUGGCUCGCUCCGUAACCCCGACGACCAUCAUCAAACAGGGUUCCCCAGUUCAAACCACUGUAGCAACCACAACCACCCUCCAGAGACCUCCUGUUCUGCAGAAUACCAUCAUACUUGGAGGGAAUGCCACUUCCACGGGACAAGCUCUUGGAACGCCAACCACAGUGCAGGCAACGGCAGCAGUAACUCAGAGGGUGGGGCCCCUCGGGGCCACUGGGGUGCCCGUCACUCCAACAACCAUCACAGCUGAAACACUGGAGAAUGUGAAAAAGUGUGGAAACUUUCUGUCUACACUCAUCAAGUUAGCAUCCAAUGGAAAACAGUCAUCUGAGACUACAGCCACUGUCAAGGAGCUUGUUAGGAAUUUGCUGGAAGGAAAGAUAGAGCCUGAGGAUUUCACCAGCAGGUUGUACAAGGAGCUUAAUUCUUCUCCUCAGCCAUACCUUGUACCUUUUCUUAAGAGAAGUCUUCCGGCGUUGCGCCAAAUGACCCCAGAUCCCGAGGCCUUCAUCCAGCAAAGCUUGCUGCCCCAGCCAAGCGGUCAGCCAGCUGCAGCAACCUCUCCAGCCCUUGGCGCUGUGGUUCUGCGUCCUUCUCUUUCGCCUGCAGUCAGCGCGGCCACAGGCUCUACCACGACCAAGGCCACAGUCAUCACCCUCUCUCAGAAAGCCAACAGUAAACCUGGACUGGUUGUGGCCCAGCAGCAGGUGAGGCCACAGGUGACCUUGGCUCAGUCUCCUUUGGUAACGAUCAGAGGAGCAGCUCCCAGCCGCAUCAUUGUGGGUCAACCACAGAUGGUCAGACACACUCCACAAGGUUCUGUGGUGAAGCAAAAUGUGGCUCCAGGGACCAGAGGAGUUCAACUACUCAACCAGGCAUCCCUCGUCGAUGCUCAGAGGAACAAGCUAAAGGAAGCAGGAGGGGGGACUUUCAAAGAUGAUGAUGAUAUCAACGACGUGGCUUCCAUGGCAGGGGUCAACUUAUCCGAGGAGAACGCCCGCAUCAUGGCCAGCAGCUCUGAACUUGUUGGCAUCGUGACUCGGUCUUGUAAGGAUGAGGCUUUCCUCUCCAUCUCCUCUCUCACCUGGAUAGUUCUGCAGAUUGGUAAGAAGUUUGGUGUCAGUGAAUUGGGCACAGAUGUGAUCAACUACAUUUCCCAUGCUACACAACAGCGACUGCAGAACCUGUUGGAAAACGCUUCACAAGUGGCACAACUGAAGAAUUUAAAUUUUAAGGAGGACGAGCGGUGUGAGCAGGUCAGCGACGUGCGAGCUCAACUCAAAUUCUUUGAGCAGCUGGAUCAGAUGGAGAAGCAAAGGAAGGAGGAGCAAGAGAGAGAGAUCCUGCUGAAGGCUGCCAAGUCUAGGUCACGGCAAGAAGACCCAGAACAGCUCAGACUGAAACAGAAGGCCAAAGAGAUGCAGCAGCUGGAGUUGGCUCAGAUCAGGCAGAGAGAAGCCAACCUAACAGCGUUGGCAGCAAUCGGCCCGAGGAAAAAACGGAGAACAGACUCCCCUUUAAGUGCGAGUGCAGAGGGUUCAGGGUUGGGAUCCUCCCAGCCUGGAGGCUCCAGUGGACAGGGCUCCAGACAGUUUAUGCGCCAGCGCAUCACCAGAGUUAACCUCCGGGACCUGCUCUUAUGUCUGGAGAAUGACAGAGACUCCAGUCACUCCCAGCUACUCUACAAAGGUCUCCUCAAAUAAAGGCUGGACUGAAGUGACUAUUGACACGCAGAGGUAUUAGUGAAACGUAUCUGAUGGCCUUUUGCCUUAUCUGCUGCUCUAAGUAUUAUAUCUGCAAGAAGAGAAUAAUCUGAAAAGCAGAGGAGAGCUUCCUCAAGCACUGGCCUUUUGUGUGGUAUCUUCAGCAAUUAAAAGACAGGUAAUGACACCAGUUUCCCUCACACUUAUUAACAUCAAUGCUCAAGAUUUGUGAAAAGCUUUAAAAACAUUUGCAGCAUAAUCUCAGUUUUGUCCUAAGUUUGUCAUGACGAGAAGGAAGGUCUAGGUAGAAAGAAAAACACCCUCUAAAUUCACUCUUAGAGAAGAACGGCAAAUUAAAAGCACCUUAGAGUUGUCAAGUAUCCACAGCAGCAGUUUGAUAUUAUCUACAUGCUAACUGUUUUUUUUUUUUUUUUAGGAGCCAUGCCAGGAAAGUUUUUUUUGUUUCACAAUCACUAAUUGGAAUCUGUGGAGUAAGCUAAAAUAUUGGGACUUUAACUGAACAGUGUUCUUCAGUCAAAUAUUGAACUUUUAAGCAACAAACUCCUGGUGGGGCACACAUGAAGAAAUGGAAGGCUUUGUAAAUAAGUUCCUCUUGCCCACUUUUAAGAUUGGAGGAUCUGUGAUGUGGGUUGAAUCUUUUUGUCCUGGGAACCUUGUUAUUGCACACAGUAUCACAAAAUCUUUCACAUUCCAGGAGAUGUUCAAUAAAAAUCCAAUGGUUUCUGCUAGAAAGCUGGAUAUGAGUGGUCAUCAGGUCUUUCAGCAGGAUGAUGAAUCAAAACACAUGGCCGCAUUAACAGAAAAAUGGUUCAGUCGAAACAAAAGCAUCAUUCUUCUACAGACAUCUCAGACCUCAGACCUGAAGCCUUGUGCAAAAUGUAAAGGUCUAUAUUCCUAUAAAUGCUAUAUUUGAUAUUCUGAGAUGGUAUCAGAGAAUACUCUGCUUUCCUAUUGGCAAAAGAAGCAAUUUACUGCUAGGAUUAACUGUUGAGAUACCAAGAAAUGUGGCACCAAAACAAAAUUAUUUGGAUUUUUUUUCUGCUUGUGAAUACAAGUUCACAAUUUCAAAAUUGGAUUUUUCUAAAAUAUAAUUUUCAGAUUGUGGAGCUUCAAUAAAAACAUAAUUUAUUUUUAUGCUUUGUACAGAUUUUUAUCGUUGAUGCCAAUAAAUGUAGAGGGCACUACAACUCCACUUGGCUCAUCCGCUGUUUAUUGUUGAAAUGACAUUGCUCAGUUGCCUUCUUAACAAGUAAAGCCAUAUCCACUUGAUAGUGUUGAUUUAUUUAUCCAACAAUAUUUUUUCAGAGAUUCUGGAUAAGUUAGGAUUAAUUCAGUUUUCUUAUUUGCCAUUUUAAUUUAUGCAGCACUCGGAUGUCCAUAAGGCGUUGGCAGUUCAGAAGUUCAAAUAUAUAUAUUUUUACUGAAGCAGAUUUACUACAGACUUUAAAUGCACUUCAUUUGUGUAAUGUUCUUUACAGAGCAGUAGUAUGGCCACUAUUUUCUUAUGCAUUACAAAGUCAAGUUGUGUCUUAUUUCUUUUUGGUUAAAGCUCAUUUGGAAAAAAGGAUCUAUACUUAAACACAUUAUGCCAUUUUGAAAUGAGGUAUUUACAUCCAAAUUAGUGGAAAAGCAGGUGAAUAUUGGGAACAAAAUAGAAAAAAAAGUUUUGUUGGUUUUAUGUUAACUUUUUAAUUAUAUAUUUUUUUUGCAAAUUCCUCAGCAAACACAUCACUUUGCAAUUACUGUGUGUGUUUUAGUGCACAUAGCAAUUUUAGUUUUUACUUCUGGCUUUUUUUGUUGGAAAUUUGGGUAAAUAUAUACUUGAGCUCACUUUUUGUAAAUGUUUUUUGUGGUUGACAGCUUCAGCUUAAAAUCUUUUCUUUUACUUGUAUAUAAAUGUUUGACAUGAGACAAUGAUUCGAUCUCAUGGUGGUGUCUUGUAAAUUUUGCACAGCCGUUUGUUUAUAUGUAAAUAUCUGAAUUUAAGAAAAGGUUUUUAAUGACUAUUUUAUAAAUGACCAACAAAAAGAUCUAUAAUAAACAAACAAAAAAAACUGAUAA